AUGGCUUCCGCAACACCUACAUGCUCGCCCUUCACCCGGGCUGUCGUGAGCUCGAUGCGAAAGCUAUACCCCGAGGCAUUGGCAGACAAGAGCUUCGACAAUACUGGCUUGCUUCUUGAGGCUCCCUUUGAUCCAGCGCGCCGACAGAAGAACUCGGUGCUGCUAGCCAUCGAUCUUACCACAGCUGUCGCCGAUGAAGCUAUCAAGCGCCAGGAUUCAGCUGUCGUCGCCUACCACCCUAUCAUCUUCCGUGGACUCAAGUCCAUUACUCUUGAUGACACACAGCAGCGCUCUCUUCUGCGACUGGCUCAGCAUGGUAUCAGCGUCUACUCGCCGCACACAGCCGUUGACACCGUUCCUGAAGGAAUGGCCGACUGGCUGUGUGACGUGGUGACUGGUAAUUACCAGUCAUCCGAGGCUGCGCCGAAGCCUUCAAUCACGGGUUGCUCCUCUGCUCUGUACUCUGCACCUACUUACCCACAGUCUGAAUUUGUCCCCACUACCGGUUCAGCAAGCACUUCCCAGAAAAUCCCCCAUACCCGGUCCACAAUCCACCCAUCGCCCCCGGACUCCAUUCCGGAAGGCUUUGAGUCUGCAGGUGCCGGCCGCCUAGUCACGUUCAACAACGCCCAGCCUCUCACCUCGCUCAUCGAUCAUAUUGGCCGCGGUGUCGGCCUCCAAGGGGCUAUCCCCAUCGCCAUCCCACAAGGGCGGUCGGUCGACGACAUCCGCAUCCGCACUGUCGGCAUGUGUCCUGGCUCAGGCUCCGGUGUUCUUCUGCGUAGCGGAAGUGACAUUCCCGAUCUCCUCUUCACUGGAGAAAUGAGCCACCAUGAAGCUCUGGCUGCCACGGAGCGUGGAUCAGUAGUCAUCUCUCUUGCCCACUCCAACUCCGAGCGUGGGUAUCUUCGCGCGGUGAUGCAAAGCAAGCUGCAGGAAGAACUGUCGCAGCACUGGGAAAACGACCGGCAGGCGGCUCUUCAGGCGAUCCGGGACGCCGCGAAGCAGGGUGGAGCCACUCCUUCCGCAUCUGGAGAGGAGGUCUAUGAGGAUGCCAGUGUCGAGGUCUCUGUCAGCAACGCUGAUCGUGAUCCUUACGGAAUCAUGAUCUGGCGGAGUUGA